AUAAAGCUGCGGGAGCGCCCUACAUCGCCACAACAGAACCAGCGCUCGUAUUGUUAACAUUAAGUUAUAUUCACGUUAAAUCACGAAAUAUUAGUCUCAUCGAAGAGCGCAAACGAAAAAAAAAUGUCACUUAUACUAAGAGCUUUGAUUUUAAUUGGGUCGGUUCAGUUCAGUGUCGGCAAUACAAUUUCGAACAACAAUUCACUUAUAGUCGAAAUGCCACCGGGAUGCAGAGGCGAAAAGAUGUGUUUUGAAAAAUCUAAGGACUAUCCAACCGAUAAAAUCAAUAGCCUAUUAAAUAGCACGGGUUGGGGAAUAGCCGACGCGAUCAGGGUGGUCGGUCAUCGACAAGGUAGCUUCGUAGAAAUCUGCAAAUCUAAGAUACUGCCACCUACACAGGUGUACGAAAUUGAAGACGAGAACGGCAUCAUUCGGUUCGUUGUUCAAGAUGAGAAGUUUAAGCAAAUCGUGAACGUCAUUAAGUGCAGUGACGAAGGGAACAUCACGAGGUCGUCUGAUAUAUACGAAAGAUCUUAUUUCGCUUACGGAGCAUUGAUAAGCUACAGCCUGACGUGUAGACAGGUAACAAUUGAUUUCAAGUUCCUGGUGCUCAGUAUAGACGGGCAAUCACUCGACACAGCUUCCGUAAGCGGAGGACUGCCAGUCUGUUGCUCUUGCAAUGUGGAGAGAAAAAAUAUUAAUAAUUUUAGCGAAUCGUGUUCGAAUCAAACCAUCGAAUCAAACCAUACUUAGUAUUAGGACGCGAUUUUGACGAAAAAGCAACACAAUGACUUAGUGAUAGAUUAUCUUAAUGAUUGCAUUAUGUCAAUAAAUUUAGACUGAACCAUAA